AGCAGGCAGGGUUGGCCCAGCACACAGAUCUUCCAAGGGGAGCGCUGGGCCAGUGGGAAUCCUGGCUGUGGUUCCCCUCUCUAGCCGCCUCCCUCCCAAUCCUCAUGUCAUAGCUAAGCUGAUAUGACAAACUGUUGAAGUAAUUGUUCCAGACUCUGCAGUGCCUAGUCCUACUCCCCCUCAAACUCCUCCUCUUCCUCACUUGCUCUAUGCCUGUCUGAGCGUAAUAAAGGGAUUGAAUUCAGACUCGCAACACUUCUUUUGGUGGAUCUGUGAAUGUGCCGUAGGAAAGCAAAGCUUCCUCCCUCUCUCUUACAUGAGGCUUCCAGGGGGGUCUAAUGCAGAUCGGGAGCCAGACAUGAAGCACAGCCAGCCUGAGGAGUGGAGCUAUAGACCAAUGACACGGCAGCGAGACACUGGCCAACAGAGCGGAGCGCUUUAGCCUACCUGCUUUCACCUGGUCAUAUCCUUAUUUCUCUGGUGUGAGCGCCGCUCAAGGGGACCACUGACUGACCUACCUACUCUGGGGACCAGCACGGCUCACUUCUCUGUCCACGGGGAGGGGAGAGGAGGUGCAGCCUGAUACAACCGAGGACACCACGACAGUGCCAGAAGGAUACAGUCUGGACACAUACAGAUAUUUACACAGAAAUCAUUGCGAACAACCUGACGCGUCAAAAAGGAGCUCUGCACCAGCCGAGUCCAUUGGAGCCGGCACUGAGGAACUGAGUCGUCGGCUGCUGCCAGCUCUAGCACCAGAAUCCUCUACAGCCGUCUGGGGUGAGGAGCCGAGGUGCCUGGCUGGGGCUGGGUGGAUGCUAACUGGAGGAGUAGGGGGCCACGGCAGAAGGAGGAGAAUGGCAUCCACAGGCAUGCAGAUCUUUGCCUUCGUCCUGGCGCUGCUGGGCAUCAUGGGGGCCAUGAUGGCUACGCUGCUGCCCAAUUGGAAGGUGAGCGCCGAUGUAGGCUCCAACAUCAUCACGGCCAUCUCCCAGAUGCAGGGGCUGUGGAUGGACUGCACCUGGUACAGCACCGGCAUGUUCAGCUGCACCUUGAAGUACUCCGUGCUGUCGCUGCCCGCCUACCUGCAGACUGCCCGCACCACCAUGGUGCUGUCCUGUGUGAUGGCUGCCAUGGGCUUGUGCCUGGCAUCCCUGGGGCUCAAAUGUACUCGCUGGGGGGGCGGCCGGCGCGCCGCCAAGAGGCACGCGGCCAUCGCCAGCGGGGGCUGCUUCAUCGCUGCCGGCUUCCUGUGCCUGGUGCCUGCUUCCUGGUUCACCAAAGAGGUCAUCACUAACUUCCUGGACCGCAGCGUGCACGAGAGCAAUAAGUUUGAGCCCGGGGGCGCCGUGUACGUGGCCUUCCUGUCGGCAGGCUUCCUCUUUGUGGGGGGAUCCAUCUUCUGCGUGUCGUGCUCGGGGAAGAGGCCCGGCCACCAGGACAUGAUCUUGCUGCCGCCCCCUGAUAAACUCUUACUGCAGCAGCAACAGCACCUCCUACAGCAACAGCAGCAGGACCAGCUCCAGCACCAGUACUGCUCCCUCUCCCCACUAGACAAUAAAACAGGCUACAGUCUGCAGGACUAUGUGUAGGCUAAAGCAACACUGCACACCAUGCGCUACUGUUAGGCAGUUUGGGAAAACCGCUGCGUCUUACAUGUAGUUAACCAACCAACCAAGCUCUUAAAGAGGAGGAGAGAGAGGAGGGGGAAGGACUUUGAGGGUGGGUUUUUUCUUCCCCCCCAUUGUAGCUCUCUCUCUCUCCCCUCUUUCUUUGCUUUCUGUUCUAUGAGCACAAGCAGUGGAGGUAUUCCCUGAGCAGCUCCUUGGAACAGACAGACGGAUGGUGAAUGUGAAAUGCAGCGCAGCCGGAGGACGAAGGAAGGCGCUGCAGAAUGGGAGGGGAGCCACAGCUGAACAAAUGCAGAUACCCCAGCGAUCAUCAGUAAAUCACACGAGUUCCCGGGGGAAUGGGUUAGCUGAUAGCAAGCCUCCUGUUCCUUUCCUUUUCCUCGCCAAAGGUUUGAAUUGAUAAGCAUUCAUUUAGUUUGCUAAGUCGUCAAUAUUGAUAUUAUUGUCUCAAAGAGGCAAUAACAGUACGUGGAAUUCCCUUUUCAUUAGCCAGACAUUGUAGUUUUCAACCAUCCACAAGAUAUGGUAGUUGUUGGAACUGAUUUAAUAAAUUGUCUUAUUUUUGGUAGCGAAUAGACAUUGAUAUUUUGCCUAAGCAUGCUGUCUGGAGCCUGUCUGUGUAUAAUGCAGAGGAAUGCCUGCCUGGUAGAGAAUGAGACGUAUGUAGUGUAACCAAACACAAUGCCUGUGCCUAAAAAGACGUAGUACAUUAUCCUUCCCGGGGAAAUUGUUCAAAAGAGGACUGUCAGGAUGAGUAAGUAGGGUGCUGGGCUAUGGAACAGAACUGCAGACAAACCCACCCCUGGAUCUCACCCUGCAGGUGCAGGGAGCAAGAGAGAGAGAGAGCCUCCCCCUCCAGCAGAGUGGAAAGUCUGACAUGUUUGUUGCUUACCCAUUUAGCUCCCAAAACAAGCUGCCUUCUUGGGCUAGGCUACACGCUACUGAUUUCAUGCAUUAGGCAUACAAAAUGAACACACCCCCCCACAUACAUACAGUUCACACCCACAUAGAGUACAAACACCCACACACAGAUACAAAACCCCACACAUACACACAGAUACAGAAACCCAAACACAUGCUCAGAAACACACACUGUACCUUUUUGACACACUGGGCUGCAUGUGCUUUUCAUCCUGCUGUCUGCCUCCUCACUGCCAUGGAAACGGAAUCCUGUGCCCUAAUGUCUUCAUUGUCUGGGGUGUGUUUGUGUCAACCAGUGCUUUGAGGUUGGGUAGGGGGGCAUCUCUCUCUCUCUCUGCAUGGCCCCAUAAACCUUGUGCAGAACCCCAACACACACAGAGCUGCUCCUCUAAUCCCCUUUAUUAGCCCAGUGACAUGAGGCACCAAGCCACUGUUACACCCAGGUCUGUCUGGGAACUGCUCUCUUUUUGUUGUCCUUCCUUAGUGUCUUUCAUGUGCAAUUAGAGUUGAUGGGGAAAAUGGCUGUGUUUUGACAAAUCUGGCUGAUUAUUGGAAUUGUAUGAUGGCAUAGAGAGAGGCUUUGAACGGUCAUGGUUGACUGCAGUGGUGUGGCAGAUUUUCCUCCAAAUCCAGAAAUGGUUUGAGUCAUUCCUCCACAUGUGACUUGUUUACCAAGUCUGUCAGCAGUGCAUAUGCUACCAUGUAAUACCUGCAGGAGACCCUGCAGCUGAAGUUCAAGGACGUUCUGUGCCAUUCUGUUCUUUCCUUCCUGUCAAUCUCUCUUUUACCACUUCUCUCUACCUAUAUCCCCCUUUUACCGAAGUCGCUUGGACUUUCUCUUUGACUGACAGGGAACACUUUUGCAUGUUGAGAGCAUGCUGGCCAACACACACACUGACACACCACCCCUGCUGCCUACUCAUAUGUCAAGGGUGCUAUUGUACAUUAACACAGUCACAUUCUCAUGUGUGUCUAACACGGCUGAGAGGAGAGGGAGGUAGGUUGUCUCCGGCCUGAAAUGGCUGCCCUGGUGACAGGCCCCGGCAGUGGCCCUCUCAUUCUCUCACACAUUGUUUCCUAUGGGGAGAGCAGAUGGCUAAGCCCAGCUCGCCACCUUCAGGCGGCUGCCUGCACAACGGGGGCAUCGCCACAGGCAUCACUUUAGGGCCUGGAAGCCCGGAAGGGGCAGGUUUCACACCCCAAGCAACAUGCCAGGGAUAGAGCAGAGGGGACCGGACGGGCAUCCGUACAAUAACACACUUCCCCAACCCCUGCCAGGCCUUACGAAUGCAAUAAAUGAAGACAAGAAUGUGAAUGUGCCCUCGUUAACAAACUGAAAACAUACACCACAUAGAGUGCCUAUCAAAAGUUGACACACCUACUUAUUCUGGGGCUUUUCUUUAUUUUUACAAUUUUCUACAUUGUAGAAUAUGAGUUAAGACAUCAAAACUAUGAAAUAACACAUAUGGAAUCAUGUAGUAACCACGAAAAGUGUAACAAAUCAAAAUAUAUUUUAUAUUUGAGAUUCUUUAAAGUAGCCACCCUUUGCCUUGAUGAGAGCUUUGCACACUCUUGGCAUUCUCUCAACCAGCUUCAUGAGGAAUGCUUUUCCAACAGUCUUGAAGGAGUUCCCACGUAUGCUGAGCACUUGUUGGCUGCUUUUCCUUAACUCUGUGGUCCAAUUCAUCCCAAACCAUCUCAAUUGGGUUGAGGUUGGGUGAUUGUGGAGGCCAGGUCAUCUGAUACAGUACAUUCACUCUCCUUGGACAAAUAGCCCUUACACAGCCUGGAGGUGUGUUUUGGGUCAUUGUCCUGUUAAAAAACAAAUGAUAGCAGGACUAAGUGCAAAUCAGAUGGUAAGGUGUAUCGCUGCAGAAUGCUAUGGUAGCCAUGCUGGUUAAGUGUGCCUUGAUUUCUAAAUAAAUUACAGACAGUGUCACCAGCAAAGCACCCCACACCAUCACUCCUCCAUGCUUCACGGUGGGAACCACACACGCGGAGAUCAUCCGCGUCUCACAAAGACACGGCAGUUGUAACCAAAAAUCUCAAAUUUGACUCAUCAGACCAAAGGACAUAUGUCCAUUGCUUGUGUUUCUUGGCCCAAGCAAGUGUAUUCUUCUUAUUGGUGUCCUUUAGUAAUAGUUUCAAAUCAAGUCUCCUCUGAACAGUUUAUGUUGAGAUGUGUCUGUUACUUGAACUCUGAAGCAUUUAUUUGGGCUGCAAUUUCUGAGGCUGGUAACUCUAAAUGUUUUAUUUACUUUACCUUAAUUUAACUAGGCAAGUCAGUUAACAACAAAUUCUUAUUUUCAAUGACGUGGGUUAACUGCCUUGUUCAGGGGCAGAAAGACAGAUUUUUACCUUGUCAGCUCGGGGAUUCGAUCAUGCAACCUUUCAGUUACAAGUCCAAAGCUCUAACCACUAGGCUACCUGCCGCCCCUAAUGAACUUAUCCUCUGCAGCAGAGGUAACUCUGGGUCUUCUUUUCCUGUGGCGGUCCUCAUGAGAGCCAGUUAUCGUAGCGCUUGAUGUUUUUUGCGACUGCACUUGGAAGAAACCUUCAAAGUUCUUGACAUUUUAUGUAUUGACUGACCUUCAUGUAAUGAUGACUUUCAUUUCGCUUUGCUUAUUUGAGCUGUUCUUGCCAAAAUAUGGACUUGGUCUUUUACCAAAUAGGGCUAUCUUCUGUAUACCAACCCUACCUUGUCACAACAACUGACUGGCUCAAAUGCAUUAAGAAGAAAUUCCACAAAUGAACUUUUAAUAAGCCACGCCUGUUAAUUGAAAUGCAUUCCAGGCGACUACCUCAUGAAGCUGGUUGAGAGAAUGCCAAGCGUGUGCAAAGCUGUCAUCAAGGUAAAGGGUGGCUACUUUGAAUCAUUUGUUUAACACUUUUCUGGUUACUACAUGAUUCCAUGUGUUAUUUCAUAGUUUUGAAGAAAAUAGUACAAAUAAAGAAAAACCAUUGAAUGAGUAGGUGUCCAAACUUUUGACUGGUACUGUAUGUGUUUGAGAAAGUGCCAAAUCGACUCAUGUCAAGUUUGAUCCAGUGUUGUACUUCAUGCGGUUUACUUUUUAUUGUACGUGUUUGUAUAUAAAUUAUAUAUUCGCAAAUGUUUUAUGGAUUCAUUGUUUGUUGUGCAAGACUAAGUUGAGUAAACUAGGCAAUCGUUUACAGUA